CAGCUGUAGUGCAAUGGCGGGCCGAGCUCCCAAAGCGUAAAUGCGGUCACACAGACCUCCUCCCAUCCUCGAACCCUUUUCUUCCUCCUCCACCCUCCCUCCCUGUGCUGUAAUUCCGUUACCUCACCCUCACUAAAGCCUCGCCUUUCCUGCUCACUCCAAAUGAGGGAGAGAUGCUUUACUUCCUCACACCUGUAACGCCGCACAGGGCCGCGGCACGCCGCGUUACACGUUCCGGCUAGCACUACGCUACGCUACAGAAUCUCCAUUGCCAGCCAGCUGCGCCGCGCUUGUCUCUGCGUAUAAAGUUCCUUCUCCUCCCUUGGGCCUUGGCCGCUUCUGCGCUCGCCGCUCUUCUCCCUCCCUCCCGACUUCCCGAGACCUCCCCAGAUCCAUUCCUCCCCGUGCUCACGCCUCCCCUGCGGCGAGACAGAGCAGGGAGAGGCCGAGGCGGGGCGAGGCAAAGAACCAUGGCUUCUCGUCUUUUUGCCGUGAUUCUUGCCUUCCUUGUGGGAGCAGGAGCGAGCGCGGCCCAUGGCUCCGAGCCGUGGCUGAACGAGACGCAGGUGUACGGCACCACCGCCAGCUCCGGCGGCAGCAACGGCGUCUUCGUUGGCCUCACACUCAUCCAGUCGGCGGCCGCCAAGGGAGCCGUGUGCUUGGAUGGAAGCUUACCGGGUUACCACCUGCACCGAGGGUUUGGAUCAGGAGCAAACAGUUGGCUUGUCAACCUGGAGGGUGGAGGCUGGUGCAAUGAUGUUAGCAGCUGUGUGUUCCGCAAGGGCAGUCGUCGUGGGUCAUCAAAUCACAUGGAGAGGCAGCUCCAGUUUACUGGGAUAAUGAGUAACAGACCUGAAGAGAAUCCUGAUUUCUACAACUGGAACAGAGUGAAGGUCCGGUACUGUGAUGGCGGAUCCUUCACUGGUGAUGGUUCUAAUGCGGCUGCAGGCCUUUAUUUCCGAGGUCAGCGCAUUUGGCAGGCUGCUAUGGAUGACCUGAUGGCACAAGGAAUGCGUUAUGCUAAUCAGGCCCUUCUUGCUGGAUGCUCUGCUGGUGGUGUUUCUACCAUACUUCACUGCGAUGAAUUCCGUGGAUUGUUUCCAUCAAACACCAGAGUCAAAUGCCUGGCUGAUGCUGGAAUGUUUCUUGACACCAUUGAUGUUUCUGGUCAUCGAGAAAUGAGAUCCUUCUUCAAUGGCAUUGUGAGAUUGCAGGGUUCUGGAAGAAGCUUGCCUAGGUCUUGCACCUCUCGCAUGGACAAAACCUCGUGCUUUUUCCCGCAGAACGUGGUGCCAAACAUUCAGACUCCAACUUUUAUUUUGAACACCGCCUAUGAUGUGUGGCAGCUUCAACAAAGUGUGGCCCCCAAAGCUGCUGACCCCCAAGGUCUAUGGUCAAAAUGUAGAACGAACCACGCUUUUUGUAAUAGCAACCAACUUCAGUUUUUACAAGGUUUCAGGAAUGAAAUGCUCGACUCUGUAAGGGGUUUCUCUGCGUCAAGGCAAAAUGGCGUGUUCAUCAACUCAUGUUUUGCUCAUUGUCAGAGUGAGAGGCAGGAUACAUGGUACGCAAGCAACUCGCCACGUCUUGGUAACAAGAGAAUUGCUGAAGCUGUCGGGGACUGGUACUUCCAGAGGGGAGACGCGAAGUACACAGACUGCGCAUACCCUUGCGAUAACACUUGCCAUCAUCUCGUGUUCAGGGGAGACCAUUAAUAUUAGUUAUUCUUUGCCACCCAUGAUUCAGAUGGUGAAAGGAACAUACCCCAACGGGUACAGAAUCAAAAGUUCAGAAACAAGGUAUAGAUAUAGAGAGGGUGCAAGCGUCAUGGCUUGCCCUUGUUCAUCACGAUGAUAUGAUUGAUAGGGCAGGGGCCUCGCCCGCAAAUGCGAGGAGGCCUCUGCGUUAGUUCCACAUACCAUGAUAUCGAUUCUUUUCGUUGCACACAUCAUUCAUCAUGUGCCUGAACAUUUGGCCCUAUUGGUGUACUGUAUAAUGUUAUACAUUCAUGUAUGAAACGUGAUAAUAGUGUGAAGAGAAUUUGUGCGGUGAAGUACCUUAAUUUGUGGUGCC